AACUCUCACUGACCUGGAUAUCGUUCUUCUUUUUUCACACUCACACACAUCAUCAUUGAGAACGUGAGUGAGUGGUUAGUUUCUCAGUAAUUAUUUAGUUAUUUAAAAGUCAAAAUGAGUGUCUGUUUAGUAGUUAUUGACGGAUGGGGACUGAGUGAUAAAACAAAAGGUAAUGCAAUUAAAAAUGCAGACACCCCAGUUAUGGAUUCGUUGUGUGAUCCAACUACUGGUCAGUUUGUGACAUUAGAUGCCUCUGGUCUUGCUGUUGGUCUUCCUGAAGGUUUAAUGGGAAACAGUGAGGUUGGACAUUUGACCAUUGGUGCUGGGAGAGUGAUUUAUCAGGAAAUUGUAAAAAUUGACUUGGCCAUCAAGAAAGGUGAAUUUGGACAGAAGAAGGCAUUUGUUGAUGCCUGCACAAGAGCUAUCCAGGGAAAUGGACGACUGCAUUUCCUAGGAUUGGUGAGUGAUGGUGGCGUUCAUUCACAUAUCAACCAUUUACUUGCCUUCCUGAAAGCAGCCAAAAGCCAUGGGGUGCCAAAAAGUUUUGUACAGUUCUUUGGAGAUGGGCGAGACACAAGCCCAGUGAGUGGAGUGAAAUAUUUGCAGCAGUUAUUAGAUUUCUUGAAACAAGAGGAUUAUGGUAGCUUAGCAACAGUUGUUGGGCGUUACUAUGCUAUGGAUCGGGACAAAAGGCAUGAGAGGAUUAAGCUUGCUUAUGAAGGGCUGGUUCAAGGAUUAGGAGAAGUUACGACUCCUGAAAAUGUUGUUGAGGUUGUAAAAGGUCGCUAUGCUGUGAAUGAGAAGGAUGAAUUUUUGAAGCCAAUUAUUGUCGAUCCUGAAGGUAGAAUUCAAGAUGGUGACACAUUAGUGUUCUUUGAUUUUCGUGCAGAUAGAAUGAGGCAAAUUGUUGAGGCAUUUGCUAUCCAGCAGCAUUUUGAGACGAGUGUUGUACCGAAGGACUUGCAAGUAGUUUGCAUGACCGAGUACAAGAGUGAUUUUGGUCUGCCGGUAAUCUAUCCCCCUACUUCAACGGUCAACGUCAUUGCAGAAUGGAUUGCAUCCAAGAAAAUGACACAGUAUCACUGCGCAGAAACCGAAAAAUAUGCUCAUGUCACUUUCUUUUUUAAUGGUGGUGUUGAAAAAAAGUUUGAAGGAGAAAAUCGUUGCCUUGUUCCAUCACCAAAGGUUGCGACCUAUGACCUGAAACCGGAGAUGAAUGUAAUGGGUGUUGCUGAAAAGAUGGUUGAGACUAUUGCUAGUGGGGAAUUCCCUUUUGUAAUGUGCAAUUUAGCUCCACCUGACAUGGUUGGACACACAGGUGUUUACGAUGCUGCAGUCAUAGCUUGUACAGAAACUGAUAAAGCCAUUGGUUUGAUGGUAGAAGCAUGCAAGAAACAUAAUUAUACAUUUUUGGUCACAGCAGACCAUGGUAACGCAGAGCUUAUGAUAGAUGAGGACGGCAACCCCAUCACAAAGCAUACAACUAACCGAGUGCCAUUUGCAAUGACCGGAGAUAAAAAAUUCAAGAACAUCACCCACAAUGCAUCACUAGCUGAUGUCGCACCAACUGUUCUAAGCCUGAUGGGGUUGGAUGUUCCAUCUGAAAUGACAGGACAAACUUUACUACAGAAGUAAUACUUACAAAAAAACAGCUUACACCCCUUUCCUAACGUUGAUUAGUACUGUAAUUUCAGCAGAGCAUAAAUUUAGUAAUUCAUAUCUUUAUUAUUUUUAUAGUAUAUGAUAAAUAUAUUUAUUCUGUGUGAAAAAACCUAACAUAUACAAAUUUAAUAUAAAAAUGUUGAUUUUAUCUGAUGUGUAUUCCAUUAAAAAUGAGUUAUAACUGUUUUACACUUCCUUCGUAGGAAUAUCGAUAGGCCUAUUAAUAUUUAUGAAAAUAAUUAUAUAAAUCAUAUUCAAUUUGUUGGAUGUAUGGAGGUACAUUAAUUGAUAUGAAUUUAAUGUUGUUUGAUGCAAUAUUAAUUUUAGAGAUACUGUAAUUGUUAUUUCUAGAUAAACAUAUCUGAAUUUCUCAUACUGUAUUUUUAGUAGAAAAAUGGGUGAAACUAUUUAUUUUGGCUUCCUUUAUCAAAAAAAAAAAUGUGGCUUACAUAGGAAUAUAGUGCUUAAUAUUCAUUUUCCUCAAAUUGGAAAGUUUUAUAUAAAAUAAUGUAGGACAACAUGUUUUUGAAGCCUGUCUACACUCAUCGUCAGCAAAAUGAAUAAUGAGACUGGAGAUCAGAAUUCUUUUAGUAACCCUGUUUUAACCAGUCGGGUAUCAAAUCUUUUGCCUUAUAUUUCACUUGGUGUUUUUGGGCAGGCACUUAUGCCAGUCUCUCCACACCUAGUAUAAGUGGGUACUUCUGUCAUUAAUAAUGUACUGCUUGCUAAAUGUGACAGAAAUCAAGAUAAGUUUGUCGCCCUCUAUUGGCCAAAUAAUUUUUGGCAGACCUUGCACUUUCAUGGCUAGGCCAAGGGCCUCCCACCUUGAAUGAAUGAGAUACAGUAAACUCUUUUGUCAACAUUAGUUAAAAAUAUUUGCUCUAACCAAUGACAAUAAAAUAACAAUAUUGUAAUAUUUAAA